ACAGUGUCAUUUUCACUUUGACUCCCAGGCCCCAGCCUCUCCAUAACCCAAAAACUAUGUCGGCUUUAUCCCGCCUUUUCCGCAGCACAUUCUCCACCGCCACCUCCGCCGCAGCAACGGAAAACACCAUCGUCAGAUCACUCUCUAACGAAGUUUUCAGAGAACGCAGCCUCAAACGUCUUGUUGAAAAAUUCAAAAAAGCUUCCGAGAAUGAGAGGUUUCGAACUAAAAGUGCCAUUUACAAAGACACCAUUCGCCGCCUCGCAGCUGCCAAAAAGUUUCGAUACGUAGAAGAGAUUCUAGAGAACCAGAAGCAGUAUCAGGACAUGUCGAAAGAAGGUUUUAAUGCUCGUUUGAUUUCUCUUUAUGGUUCAUCGGGCAUGUUCGAUAAUGCGCGCAAGGUGUUUGAUGAAAUGCUUGAAAGAAAAUGUGCCCGGACGGUGCUGUCUUUCAAUGCGCUGUUGGGGGCUUGUGUUAAUUCGAAGAAGUUCGAUGAAGUUGUUGGUUUAUUUAGAGGGUUAUCGGAGGAGUUAGAGAUUGAACCGGAUUUGGUUUCGUAUAACACGGUCAUGAAGGCCUUUUGCGAGAUGGGUUCGUUGGAUUCGGCUGUUUCGUUGCUAGAAGAGAUUGAGAAGAAGGGUUUGACGCCUGAUUUGAUUACUUUUAAUACGCUCUUAAAUGGGCUUUAUGCGAAUGGAAGGUUUGAUGCUGGGGAGAGGAUUUGGCAGCGAAUGAAGGAGAAGAAUGUUAAGCCUGAUGGCAGGAGUUAUAAUGAGAAGUUGCUUGGAUUGGCAUUGGAGAAGAGAAUGAAAGAUGCGACUAAGGUUGUUGAAGAAAUGAAGAGCGAGGGGAUUGAAUUUGAUAUCUUUAGUUACAAUGCUUUGAUUAGAGGGUUUGUUAAUGAGGGUGAUUUGGAGGAAGCCAAGGGUUGGUAUGGUGAGAUAAGGAAAUCUGAUAUUAAACCAGAUAAAUUGACUUUUAAGACAUUGAUUCCUUUCGUUGUUGAGAAGGGUGAUGUUGCCUUUGCCUUUGAUCUUUGCAAGGAUGCUCUCUCUAGCAAGUUGGCUGUUAAGGAGGCACUGAUACAACCUGUGCUGGAUGCAUUGGCUAAGGAGUCAAAGAUCAAUGAAGCAAAGGAGCUUGUGGAACUCAGCAAGGCACGUCGUUCCGAUUCUUUAAAGUUGACAUUGCCUUCAAUAUAGGCAUGCAAUUGCCUCUCUGGUUUCGUUUUUUCAUCUGGUAUACCUGCAGAUGUUGAGAAAAGAAGGAUUUUAUGGAGCUUUCGCAGUUAAAUAAUUCCAAACAUCUUAUAGCUUGAUCAGUGGUACUCCACACUUUCUUUCUUAGUUCGUUUGUCUUUAUUUUCUAGUGGUAGUCAAUCUAUGCUCUAACUUGUCAUUGAAAUUUUAUAGCUUUGCUUUCAUUUCUAUGUCAAGUUUUUAUUGCUGAA